AGAACAACGCGUGGGGGCGGGCUUUACUGCAUUAGGGCAAAAAAUUGUCAUCCAGAAUCAUUGCCCAUAGGCCAGUCAUCUAAAAUGGGCGUGAUCAGGUUCGGCGAGUAUAUAACUCUCCCGGAACACUUUCAAUAUAGAGGCAAGUGAAGGAACUACAUAGAAAGCGGAAAACAAUUUCAAGCAGUAGCCUAUGAUGAAAAGCAGUGAACUUGGCAACAAGAAGUUCAAGGUCGGAAUCAAGGAAGAAAAAACGUAAACUUGAGAAGCAAGCGAGAACAGACCCCUGUUGCAUAUUUGAAGACAUCUCUUGAGCCGAGUAGCUAAUAGCCUUUUGAUGCUGGACAUAUCAAUAGUUGGUUAACCAACUAGGCUACCUUUAGUUAACUGUUCACUAGUCUUUAGCCUAGCUUACCGGCUAGGCUUGUCAAUGCUUUUGCAUCAGUUUGUGAACGGAGGCCUGGAAGUGAUGCAUUCUACAGCAAUUCAAAAAGACACUACUUUUACAAAAAUUUUCGUGGGUGGUUUGCCCUACCACACUAACGAUGCUUCCUUGAGAAAGUAUUUUGAGGCCUUCGGAGACAUCGACGAGGCUGUGGUGAUAACGGACAGACAGACGGGGAAAUCCAGAGGAUAUGGCUUUGUGACGAUGACAGAUCGGGGAGCAGCAGAGAGAGCCUGUAAAGACCCCAACCCCAUCAUCGAUGGGCGAAAGUCCAACGUGAACCUGGCUUACAUUGGCGCAAAGCCCCGCAGUAUGCAGAUAGGUGAGCCGACCAGGGGCAUAUCCAUCGGAGUGCAGCCUAUUCAUCCAGCGCUCAUCCAGAGGCAGUAUGGGUUGGCCCAGCAGUAUAUGUACCCCCAAGCCUUCAUCCAGCCCAGCCUGGUUCUCCCCUCUCAGGUGUCCUCCUCCAUCAACUCCCCAUACCUGGACUACAGUGCUGCCUACGCCCAGUACGCCCAGGCAGCCUUCGAGCAGUACCCCUACGCCGCCUCCCCAGGGUUCCUGGGCUACAGCUACGCCCCCAGCCCUGCCGCCGCCCCCUCCCAGGCCUCCGCCUCUGUUCACCAGACCCUCCCCACAGGGGCAGGCCCAGCCCCCACCUUCCUGCAGUACGCCCCCCAGCAGCAUGUUCAGCCAGACCGCAUGCAGUGAGGAGGCGCAGAAUGCAGGGAGUCCUGUAGGCCUGGGGAGUCACCCUGAGCUGCCACAGCCAGGGCUUUCAGGGAAGGGCUGGAGAGAGUGGGACUAUUGCACUAUAUAGGAUGAGCCCCCUCCCCUGAGUCUGGAGGGGGGUUGAUGACUGGGUUGGGUGGGAGGCUAGAAUAAAACACAUUGUUGCUUCAGAGGGCUUCCAGAAGCAGACACUUCAUUUUUAUUAUUAUUACGGUCUUUAUUAUCUUUAUUGUAUUAAUGUUGCUAUCAAUGUUAGUAUCCUUUAUCAAUGUCAUUGUUAUUUUGUUUCAAUCAAUGAAAACCUUCAAUGUCCAUGGUACAUACCUGUAUUUGGAGAGAGCCUGGAUCGGCUUACUUGGACAUUUUCCCCCUCCCCCCUAUUGCCAGGGCAUGGGAUUGGCGACGGCACUGCUGCUUGGGUACAUUGGGCAUUGGAACAGAGGUUUGGAGGCACGACGCCAACUGUUUCCCUCCACACCAGAGCAGACUAGAGGAUUCUGGCCUCUCAUACACCCCCAGUGUUAUUGCUCCAACACCAUGGGGGGGCAUGACUCUCUGUGCCUUUCAGAGGUCAUCACUAAAUGGAGAAUGAAGAGAUCCUGGGAUCCCCUUCUUUGAGACGAUCAAUCGUUAGACAUCAGGACUACAUUUAUUUUUAUGAAAGAUGCCUUAAUAAAAGUCUUGUUUUUACAAACACUCCUCCUUUAACCCCUUCCUUCACUCACAGAGCCACAUGGUAGUCCUCACUUGUUUUCACAUGGCCUGACUCUUCAUAUUUAUACCAGACGCUCUUGUAGUCUACUGACUCACUUUGUCUUGAUUGUUGUAGACUGAUGUAGAUAAUCAUAUGCAGGAAGUGGGAGGCGGGGUCAAAGAGCAUUGGGUGUUUUAUGUAAGGUAGCUGACGUAACCAGCGCCUGUAUAUUUUGUCGAACUGUUAAUCUAAGAUUGUCAAAUGUUGAUCUCUCAAAAAGGACAUGUACAGUAUUUGUAAAUGUUUCAUUAUCAAGUACAUUUACAAUAUUUAUGUUUGAGGUAUUUAUAGGCAAUUCUAUAAGUUGCUCUUUUGUAACUUGGUCUUGAGGCACUGAAGUCCUAUAACUUGGUAAGCGUAUGUGCAGAUUCACAAAUUGUCUUAUUCAUUUGAUGGCCAUAUUUGUAUUUUCCCUCAGAACCAAUGGAUUUGUCUGUAUGCACAACACUGGAUGCUCUUUUUUAGCCCCUAGUUUCACCGGCUGUGGCUAGGAUCGGACUCUCUGUAGACUGUUUCAGCUAAAUGUCAUUUCCAGUCCAUUCAAAGAAGCAAACCAAAAAAAUAUUGGAAAAAAUAAAGAAUUUGUAUUUAAAAA